AUGAUGUCUUCCCACUGCAUUCCUAUGUCUUCCUGCAACACGGGAAUGGCUGGCUGGCUCGAUGGCGAACACCCCGCAGAACCUUACCUUUUGGUAUCAAGAACCGUAUGUAUACACUCCGGCUCAAGCUGCUGUCAUCUUAAAAUAUCAGUUAAGAUACGUAAUUGCGAUGGAUUUUACGUUUACCAGCUUCCGGCUCUCGCUUCUUGUAAUGCUCGUUACUGCGGUGUCAAUGGUAAGACUUGUCCUGAAACGGAUGCUCUAUUUACAGAUUUCAACCUUGCUCUCUGAGUUGCAGCUUACCUUAUUUAGUAUUCACCAAAUCAGUGCCGGGAUAGCAAUUUUCGCGCGUUUUGUUUUGGCACGGGAUUCAAAAUGGCUUGUCUUGUCGCGGCAGUUUUGAAAGAUAAAAUUUUAGCGGUAAAUGAAGCAGCUGCACCUUCAAAUACCAAGAAGGAGACAAAAUGUGGCUUGUCGGUGUUUACUGGUCGGUAGAAAAACAUUUUCUUCCUUAAUGUGCAACAAAUUCAUAAAAAAAUGAUCCCCAUAACACUGUCAACUGAAACGUAAAAAAACUCUAAGUGACGUCUUUUAUUCACAAAAAGCUCCUUUUUGAUUUUUAUCCAACUUAUAUGGUAAAUACUAAGACAACUAUCCCCCCCAGGGUCGGUUCAUAGCGCUAGAUAUAUACCUCGACGCUUCGCGUCUCUAUAUUAUACUAUACAUCUAUACCACUACACACCUGCCCUUCGGGGGAUAGUUGUAUAAUAUCCACGCUUUCACCUUGCUGUUUUUAAAGUCCCAGUCUAUCGGACAUAGAAUUGGGCAAAAGAGAAUAACAGGAGAGGGAGGGAAACUCCAAGUUUAGCCUUUGGGAUAAGUGACUAUCACUUAAGUUAUCAGGAGAGCAUUUCCGGAAAUACCACAUCGUAUAAAUAUGAAACUAACAGCCCCAUGUACUAUAAUUCAUAACACGCUUCUUGGUAAAUUUUCUUUCCUCAACGAAAAUGCGUCUGUAAACUAGACUGGAUAUUCCAAAUACAAAAAGGCAAAGAUUCAGGAGACCAUUUGCAAUCAUUUAUUUUAUUUAUAGUCCUAAUGGCUCUGAUUUACCUGUGUUUCUUAGCUUUUAUUUCUUUGGGUUACUUGUUGCCUUGGAAGGUUUAAGGCAACUGGGAGAAUUUUUGUUAUUGCAGGGACCCCUUUGCUAUUUUAAGCAAUCUCGCCAGUGACUAAGGAAAUUCUUGUUACCUAGAGCGGAUACUAAAUAUCAAGAUCAAUUUAUAUUCUUAAAAUUUAAAUUCCCAGCUAACGCUCAGUUUCCCUCUUUGGCCCAUCAACCACUCUUCCGGCUGGGUUAAAGUAAAAAUUCAGCAAGGAGGUUCCACUAAUUUAGCCUCGUGUGCCUCCUCGGUUAUGGAUUAAAAUUUGACCAGAAUACAACGAAUACAUGUAUACAUAGUGUAGACGAAUUAAUUGCUAAUUUAAGAUAAUUUGCGUCUAAAUAUGUGUGGCUCUUGCAGAUGUGAACGAUGCCUGUUCGGCUGAUCCUGGUUCCAGCACUUGUAUCUGUGAUCCUGGUUAUGCUGGAGUGCCUUGCAGUGGUUAGUGAUAAGUAGCAAUCUCUUAAAUCAUAAAUCGCAAUCAUUUUUUUUAGAUAAUAAUCUGAACUCUUUUGUGUGUUUUGUCAUGAACAAAACUGACUGCAAUAUCAGCUUUCUUUUCAUUUUGCGUGAAGCUUUCAACAGUCACACAAUGUAAACUUUCUGUAAGCUUCUGGUUGCAACAAUUUAUGUGAAAGAAAUAAACGUUUUUCCAAACAAAAAGAAAAAAGCUAGUUUGUAGAACACGUCACCUUCAACUCCCACGUGACAGCUAUUUUUCAUUGUUAGUAAGUAGUGAAGUAAAACGGGAUCCGAUGAAGUGUCUAUGAAAUGGAUCAGUACUUUAGGGUACUGCGGUAUAUGUUCAAUUUUAAAGGUUUUUAUAAUGGCGCUACAAUUUUAAAUUGUCUAAAUUUAAUUUAAAUAAGGAAGUCGUUUUCCUUUUUCCCUCACAGAUGUCGAUGAAUGCCAAUCUGGAUCACAUAACUGCAGUAUUAACGCUCAAUGCAACAACACUAUUGGGGCAUUUACCUGCACUUGCAAUCAAGGAUACUCAGGAAAUGGGGUGGAUUGCCAAGGUGAGGCUAGCCUAAGGAAAUAAAAAAUGAAGUGACGUUUUUGUUAAACUUUACCGAUUGGUUGUUUAUGUUGUAGAAACUAAAAUUUUAAAUUAAAUUGGGGUUCCCAUACUCGUUUAGGAGUAGGAGCAACUUGUAUAUGCACAAUGGUUUUUCUUUAAAAUACUAACAUGAUUACAUUAACGAGUACUUGCUUUGAACACGUAUCCGACGAUUCAGAUUCUUUUUGUGCAUUGGGAAUUAAAAAAAUUAAGAUUUAAUUCUUUGGGGAGAUAUGACUUAAGGCAAAAGCCGCCAUGUUUUAAUGUGCGCGCUAAUCACUCAUGAAAUUAUGCGCAAUUAGGAUGCGCGAUGCAACACUAAGAAAUAACCUUAAGGCAAAGAACGAGAUCUAUCAUUCUUAAUAUACUGUUCUUCUGAAUUUGAAAUUGUCUUCCUUAGACAUCGACGAAUGUGCGACAUUUACCCACACUUGCCAUGACAACGCUACUUGUGCUAACACUGCUGGCUCAUUCACCUGUGCUUGUAACCUCGGCUUUAGUGGAGAUGGACAUUUAUGUUCAGGUAUCGCUUCUCAGUUCUUCGUCUUGAAAUUUAUCCAGUAGAAUAGUUAUGGAAAUUUCUACGGCUCUAUUGUUUCCUAUUACUUGCUGUGCGAGAUUUUAUUGGUUUAGUUUUUUUAGUUGCCUCGCCCAGCGCAAUAUAAACGGAUCUUAAGUGCUUUUUCAUUGCCCGACUAACUAGAUGCAUGGACUGUCCAAAACGUAUUGCUAACAAAAAAAAGAAUAUUAACAGAAAACCAAAGAAGUUCUUCCUUUUUUGCUACUUAUAGAUAUUGAAGAAUGUUUCACAAAUGAAGACAAUUGCAGUUUCCAUGCCACUUGCAACAACACGAUUGGGUCUUUUUUCUGUACAUGCAAUCGAGGCUACACAGGUGAUGGAGUUAACUGUUCAGGUAAGAAAAAAUUUUCUGGUUUCGUCAAGCCCAGUUUAAACGUACGACUACGUAAGCAUCAGCUGAAAAUUAGGUUGUGGUGGAGACAGGUUAUGAAAGCCGGCAGACAUAAAAAAGAAAACAACAGUGCCGCAGUUUUUGCUGGGAGCUCCCUGACAGUGCACAAUUUAUGACUGAAAAAAUUAAUACAUUACUAUCGAUCAGUAAGUUCUUUCACGUGUAAAAUGCUAUCGCACGAUGAAAAUCGGAGAACAUAUGACACAGAAGUCUGACAGGCUUCAUAGCAGUUGCACUUCAUAUAUAAGAAAAUCUGUUUUUUCCUCUCAGGCUGUUAGCGCUUCACUCAUUACAUUUCGACUAUUGUCCAACCAAUAUAUACUAUGCGUUAGAGAGGUCACUAUUUUUUGCCAUUUUCACGAACUAUUUGAUGUCUUAAGCUAAAUCGCAUUCAAAUUCACAGAUAUAGAUGAAUGUACGACAGGAACUCACAAUUGUCACGGCGUUGCCCAUUGUUACAAUACUGAUGGUUCCUUCACAUGUAGCUGUCGGACUGGUUACACUGGAGAUGGUCUGAUGUGCGAUCCGGAAGGUGUGUUUCCUCAGCAGUCCCCCCUCCCUUUUUUUAUCCAUAGCGAUAUUCAGAUAUACCUUUAAGAGAUUUAGUAUUAUGUCGAUGGGUUUGCAAUGAUGGUACUUCAUUCUGUGAUGAUCAUUUUGCGGUUUGUAACAGGUGACUUCUUUGUGUCUAUAAGAAAUAUUUCUAAAGACAAGUAUCACGCCACCCCUAUUAAGAGAGCCGUCAAAAGCGUUCAGGAAGCCCUAAUUAAAGGUUUACCAGAUGGUGUUUCUAUUGUGGAAAGCGUAUUGCAAUGGCGACUCGUAAGUGAAGCAGAGCUGGCCGCUUCAGAGUCUGCAGAAGGGUCUAUAGUAAGUCGAGGAACUGCUGAGUGGAUCAUAAACAGAAGAUCCAUAACCGCGGGUAUCUAUCAAAUCAAGUUCACUGCAUCAGUCAAGAUUGGUGAUCCAGUCGCUCCGCAGACUCUCCAGGCGUUUGAUUAUGGUUUCAUUGAAAGCAUCCCUGGUCCAGUACUUGCAAUAAUUGACGGUGGGAGCAGUGUUCGAUGGGGGUCUCCAGAAAUUGUUACAGUUGAUGGUUCACUCAGUUAUGAUGGAGACAUUGGUCCUGGAACCCACACUGGCCUUAAUUUCACUUGGUCUUGUUUAUGGAAUAAUUCAACCAGUUUUAAUUGCUUCGGUGCAUUUGUGAACGAAAACGACAAUGCUACGGCCAUAACUAUCAAUACAGAUAACCUCGAAGUUGGAAAUGCUUAUGUUCUAAAGUUGACUGUUUCCAAAGAUACAAGAAUGGCUUUUGCUGAAAUGAACUUUGAAAUAGCUGCUGGGGAAGUACCUCAAGUGGUGCUGAGGUAAGAAUUAUCAGUAUGGAACAUUUUAAGGGUGUGAGUAUAAUUUUUAAGCUUAAGGUCAGCUUUUGAAUUAAUCAAAAGGAUGAGUUAAAUCAUGUCAGUACCAGUUUCAUCUAAGGUAUCUGGACAGAAAUUUUAUCAAGAUGGCUACUAUUAGCACUUUUCGUUGCUGAAAUUAAUGAAAACAGCUUUCCUCUUGAUUUGCAACAUCUUAUUAAAAAGGAUACUCUCUUUGUUAUCUAAACAAGUCAUUAACCCCUUCUUAAAGUUUAGUAAGACUUGUUUGAGUUUCUGAUAUAUGCAAGAGUUGCCUUUAAUAUAAAUAGAUUAAGUGCCAGAGAGCGGUAUUAACAAAUAGAGGCCAACUGAAGUAUAAGGGUAUUUUGUCUUUCUGUCGACUUCUAGAUGCUUUAUUGAUUGCGGUAAGGUAGUAUCCGCUUCAAACAAGCUCCGCGUGACUUCCGAAUGUCCCAAUGCAGCCUGCAAUGGCUCAGUUUACGAGUGGCGUCUAAAGCAAAGAAAGGAAGAGGCAGAUCCGUGGGAGAAUAUACCUAUUUUGCCCAAUAUGACAUCCACUGCGGUAGAUGCCCCUAACAUGAUUAUCAGGAAAAAUUCUUUGCCCUCUGGUUUCUACUUCAGUUUACAACUCCUCGUAACAUCUCAAGCAGGUUCAGAAGGGUUUGGCGUUCUCGAGUUCGAGACCGCCGGAGUUCCACACGGUGGGUUUUGUGAGGCGUCAGCCAACGAGGGUGUGGCGCUUGAGACGGAGUUUACGUUUGAGUGCUUUGAAUGGGAGGACAAAAAUGCUCCGAUAACAUACGAAUUCCGAGUAGGAAAGGACAUAAUAUCUUAUGGAAGCUCUCCAAAAUCGGCCACAACAGCGUUACCCGCCGGACAGCCAGAAAACGAUUUUCGGCUACUAAUAAGCAUCAUUAUAAAGAACUCUGUCGGUGUAAAGGUUGUGGAGACCAUGUCUGUUAAGGUAAACUCAUAAAAAUGAUAGCCGCGAGUUUGUGUGUAUUGUACAAGUGAGAAAUGCAGAAAGAAUCCUAAGUUACUGUAAUCAUCCUAACCAGAAUGCCACGGUUGUAUACGUGGAUUAUUGUGGUUCGUUAUCAAGUUGUAGGUGGUUUCAUGCUCUCCUUAUAUGUUUCCCAUAAGAUAAAUUCACAUGUACUAUUGAUGACAAACUACUGCCUAAUUUUGGUGCGAGGUGUCAGCGUUAAUUUAUGAUUUCACUGUGAAAGUACAAAAUUGUUAUUUCAACCUUCCGGAAACCUAGACAGGCGUAACUGCGCAAUCACAAACAACAAGAGAUUUUUUUUUUAACGGGGUUUUUGUCUAACACUUAAGGAAAUGACGAGAAAUUUAUACAAAAUGUAUGAUCUAAACUUUUUAAUGCUAAGAGUUCUCGAUACGAUAAACGAGUCAAAACCUACGAUUGUGAGCGAUAUUGCCAUCAAUGAUAUUUCGGAAUGCUCAUGAAAUUCGGAAAUGAUUUUCUGAGCUUUUAACUUUUAGAAUUUCGACUAAAAGCACAUAAAAUUAUUUCCUAAUUUUACUAGGCAACAUUUUAUUACACAUACUAAAACCAUAUCACAUUCCUUUCGAGGUUAAUGAUAUAAUUAUCUUUUUACGUUACAAGAAUUCUUCUCUUUCCUUGAAAAGGUCAAGGGAUCUUCCAAGUUUGACCCAUGUUUCACUCCAGCUAGUGAAGUGGAAGAGCAGUUAAAAGGCUUUGUAGUCGGGGACGACAAUAAGUUGGACGGAUUUCUAAACAAAGGUGAAGUCAGCCAGGCCGCACAGCUGGCGCGGUCUGUGCUGAAAGCUGCCAACGCAAAACCACUUUGUGGACAAGGAUUGAGUUCGCUUACAAAGAUACUUGUACGUACGUUUUACAUCAUAAGGGUGACUCAUGGUUGAACUAGGUAGCCAUUCCUUUUGUUUUCGUAUCAUACACUUUCAGUAAGACUAUAGAAUGUACUUCAAUGAAUGUCAAUGCUAAUUUUGUGUUAUACUGUAUUGCCUUUUUGCUAUACGUGCCAUCCAUUCGGUUUUUAGGAGGCAAAAGAAAAUGUGGUGAAUAAGGCAAUAAUGCCGGACUUGAAAAUUUAAAAUCUUUUUACGGGCAAAAAUGUGUUUAUCUAGACGUGUCUACAAAGACACCAUUUAUCUUUUCAGAAUUCAGUCGUAAAUUGAACCCCUUUUGAAUGUCAGUAGAUGUUGCAAGGCGUGAUAUUUUUAGUGCAGGUUCAACGUGUUUGUGCUCCCUAACCAAAAUACGAGGUAAAAUCAAAGCCACCGCACUUGGUGUUUCCUCAAUGAGACGAGUAUUAGUUGCCAAGAUACUUUUGAUAAAGGUGUAUUAUUAUAUGCAAAGAGUUUAGCAUGAAGGCAUGAGGCAUGAAGCAACAGACAUGGGAAUAAGUCGAUGGGAUGAGCUUUUAUUUGACGGUUUUGGCUAUAUCAUUUAAUGCUAAUAUUACAUUGAUCUACUCAGAUCUCAACCAUAAUAACGGAGAAGUUCUCAGCGAUAAAACCGGAGAGUAACAAGAUGACUGAUGUGAUUAUGGGUGUCAUCAACGAGGCAACUGGAGGAGGAGGAGAUGGGGCGAACUAUAUGGUAUCAAAAUAUUCUGUUUAAUGCUUGUCUAAUUAUCUUAUCUCUUACAUCGUUCCAUCAUUAUCCAUUAACCAAUCCAUCGUUAUCCCUGACCCCUUUCCUUUGUCAUAGCAGCUAGUAAUACACAUGGAGAGCAGGAGACGCGCUAGGAGAAGACAAACAAAGGCGAUUAGCCAUUUUAAUGAUGUGAGCUCCUUGUUGUUUUCUACCCCAGUGCGUCCCUUACUCUUCAGAACGGUGGUUUUGUACCACGUGAAUGAGAAGCUGUAAAGGGGCUAUUGCCCAAACAACGACUAUAUUAAGUUUUUCAAAAUAACUAUUUUGGCGUCUUCAAGUGUAAGAUGUCACUCGUAAAAUUUAAGAUCAAGUAUUCCCUUCCAAAUGCUGUUGAAUGGUAGAUAAUUGGGUCUUUCAUCCAUUCUUUUUGAUUGAUUGGCUGAUUGUUGGUUGCUUUAUUGUUUCUUCAUUGUCUUGACAUGCUAAAGUGAUUCCUAUUCUGUUCUUAUGUACAUUCUUCGGACAUUUUCUUAUAUUGAAGUUGAUAAAUAACUUUCUCUCUCGCAAUUAUUCUUUCCUUCCUUCCUUCCGAGUGAAUAAGCGAAAUGGUGAGGCAAAUAAUAAUAAUAAUAAUAAUAAUAAUAAUAAUAAUAAUAAUAAUAACAAUAAUAAUAACACAAUAAUACUACUACUAAUAAUAAUUUUAUUGAAGUUUAAAAAAAAUAUGUACAUAAUUUACAGAAAUAUUUGAAGUAAGAAUUAAGCACUAUAUAGCAUUAAGAAUUAUAUAAAUCAUAGAAAUAGCAAUCACUGUGUCAUUAACGAUUUCGCAAAUACAUUCCUUGCGGCUCAGACUCGGUCAAUGACUGUUGCAGGCAGUCCAGAUAUUAAAUUAAGUAAUUACAGAAGAGAAUUAUCCGUCUCUGAUAUUAAAAAGAAAACAAGUUAAAAAGAAUAAAAUCUCGCAUUCCUAAAUUCCUAAUUCUUUAUAAAAAAAGAUCCUUGAAAAGAUUAAUUCGGGCGAUCUGUAGGUCUGAGUCAACAAAGUCUAGCUGUCUUCUUCUGGAUCUCUAGCCUCUCAAGCAUAGAGUCGCAGAGCGUACGAUGGCGAAAGGUACUUUAGCUCUUAUCCAGGAAAUUGCGCUUGAUUAACUUUCUCACAUCUUAUUUGCGAUCAGCUCCGCAAGUCUGCUGUGGUACUUAACACACUCAUCCGCCUUUCCACCUGUGGUCGUGAAAACUAGGGGAGUGAACGUUCCCUGUUCGAUCUCCAUUACUCUUUCCGCAUACUGUCUCUUCUUCUCGUUCUCAUGCUUCUUGUAGAUCUGCUUAGGAGUCACGUCUCUGUAAGAGUCUGCAUUAGGGUGACACACCGGAACGUGAAAGAAUGCAGAUCUCUGUCUCUCCCAAAUAAUAAUAAUAAUAAUAAUAAUAAUAAUAAUAAUAAUAAUAAUAAUAAUAAUAAUAAUAAUAAUAAUAAUAAUAAUAAUAAUAAUAAUAAUAAUAAUAAUAAUAAUAAUAGAAUAGGUCGCCAACUGCAAAGUGUUCAUGAAGGUGCCAGCCUUCAUACUUUGUCAUAAAAUGACCCAUUCGAGUGACAAGCUAACCUUAGAAACCACCCACGGAUGGUAGGAAAAACAUAUUCCCGCACGAAGAUAUACUUUAUCAAUUGUUUGUCAUUGUUUUCAGGACAUGGCCCUAAAAAUGUCCGAUACUGCAACAACAGCACUUGCCGAUACCUUGGGCGACCCGGAGGAGCCUUUCACUCCUGAAUUAGAGGAAACAGCUACAGGUGUCGCAGGUUGUUUAAGGAACGUAAUGAAAGGUGCAAGUCAAGGGGCUGGAUCAAGUUCAUCUUCGAAGGUAGGUUUAAAUUGGAAAGUUAUGUGUGCACGUGUUUAUGGAGUCUCUAGAGGACAUUUUCUAUAAAGGAGGACUCUGGUUAAAAGCGUUGGUUUUCGUUUAUAUAUUUUCGUUUAUUUAUUAUUUAAAAUAAUUAGUAGACAAAUACCACAUAGGCCACCACCACAACAACCUCUGAUCUCAUUAGCGGACUAACUGGUUUAUGUGUAUACAUUUCCUGCCCUAAUCUAUUUCCUUCCCAAUUCAACAUCAUUUUCCCCAAAGAACACCCAGACUGCCCCCUUACAGGCUUUUACCUGACACCAAUAUGACCUUUCUCUCAAAUGGGAUUACCAAACGGUAGCAGUCAAUGAGUGCACUUCAAUAUGCAAGCGAUAAUUAUUAAAUCGAGACAAGUAUUUAUACUCUUUUAUUUUCAGAAUAGCGUUGAAAAGGCUUCUCAAAACCUGCAAAACAUGAGUGAUGCCUUUUUUGGUCGCUUAGUACGGUCCGAAAAUCUUGUUAUUAAAACAGAUGAUCUCGCGUUGGCUCUAAAGAAGGUCUCACCUGACGAUAUUAAGGGUUUGAGCAUGGAAGAAGGACCAACGAAAUUCAAGUUGCCAGGAAAUCUUGGAAAUAUGGGUAGUGGUGACAUUAAUGCAAAGGUACUAAGGGAAGAAGAAACUGUUUUCCUUUAGAGGGGAGAAGUGUGACGUCACGUUACCAUGGUAGUAAAGUUUCUGGAUCUCGACUGAAUCCUUCUUGGCAGAGACAGCCAAUUGUGUCUCCGAAUGAUGGAAGAAAAGUAUGGGCUACCGUUUUGCUCCUGAGUACAAUCAUGCUCAGGAAAGUCACAGAUUUCAACUUUUCGUUUUUUCUGCUAUAUUUGCGGGACCACUAUUUAUUGAGAUCCAGAAAUUUUGCUACUAUAGCAACGUGACGAAACAAAAUUCUCUCUAUUGUAAAAAAAUACUUGCCCCUUUGCCCCUUCUUUGAUAGGUUCUCUUUUGUGUUUAAUUUAUACGUCUUUAUACAUGCAGGUUCAUAUGUUGUUCAACAGCUGAAGACAUGAGAAUAAUUCUAAAUCAGACACAAAAAACGUUUUUAUCGAUCCAUGACCCCAGUUUACCAAAUUAACAAUCAGGUUUGUCAGUAAGGUGUAAUCGCAAUUGUUUUUUUCUUGUUGUGUUGCUGACGAUAAUUGUCCGGUGAUGAUGGUCGGCAACCAGAAGAUUAAACUAAAUGGAGUACAAACGUUGAGGUCGGUACAAUAGACCAUUUCUUGAUACGCAAAGAAUGUUAACCAUUGUACAUCUUCAUUUUGUCACAAUUGCAGAUGUCAGCUCUUACUUUCAAUCCUUAUAGCUGGAACAACAGCAGCAAGGCGAUUCAAUCGAAUGUUAUUGGCCUUGAGUUACAAAAUGGCAACACGAAGNCAUGCUUCUUGUAGAUCUGCUUAGGAGUCACGUCUCUGUAAGAGUCUGCAUUAGGGUGACACACCGGAACGUGAAAGAAUGCAGAUCUCUGUCUCUCCCAAAUAAUAAUAAUAAUAAUAAUAAUAAUAAUAAUAAUAAUAAUAAUAAUAAUAAUAAUAAUAAUAAUAAUAAUAAUAAUAAUAAUAAUAAUAAUAAUAAUAAUAAUAAUAAUAGAAUAGGUCGCCAACUGCAAAGUGUUCAUGAAGGUGCCAGCCUUCAUACUUUGUCAUAAAAUGACCCAUUCGAGUGACAAGCUAACCUUAGAAACCACCCACGGAUGGUAGGAAAAACAUAUUCCCGCACGAAGAUAUACUUUAUCAAUUGUUUGUCAUUGUUUUCAGGACAUGGCCCUAAAAAUGUCCGAUACUGCAACAACAGCACUUGCCGAUACCUUGGGCGACCCGGAGGAGCCUUUCACUCCUGAAUUAGAGGAAACAGCUACAGGUGUCGCAGGUUGUUUAAGGAACGUAAUGAAAGGUGCAAGUCAAGGGGCUGGAUCAAGUUCAUCUUCGAAGGUAGGUUUAAAUUGGAAAGUUAUGUGUGCACGUGUUUAUGGAGUCUCUAGAGGACAUUUUCUAUAAAGGAGGACUCUGGUUAAAAGCGUUGGUUUUCGUUUAUAUAUUUUCGUUUAUUUAUUAUUUAAAAUAAUUAGUAGACAAAUACCACAUAGGCCACCACCACAACAACCUCUGAUCUCAUUAGCGGACUAACUGGUUUAUGUGUAUACAUUUCCUGCCCUAAUCUAUUUCCUUCCCAAUUCAACAUCAUUUUCCCCAAAGAACACCCAGACUGCCCCCUUACAGGCUUUUACCUGACACCAAUAUGACCUUUCUCUCAAAUGGGAUUACCAAACGGUAGCAGUCAAUGAGUGCACUUCAAUAUGCAAGCGAUAAUUAUUAAAUCGAGACAAGUAUUUAUACUCUUUUAUUUUCAGAAUAGCGUUGAAAAGGCUUCUCAAAACCUGCAAAACAUGAGUGAUGCCUUUUUUGGUCGCUUAGUACGGUCCGAAAAUCUUGUUAUUAAAACAGAUGAUCUCGCGUUGGCUCUAAAGAAGGUCUCACCUGACGAUAUUAAGGGUUUGAGCAUGGAAGAAGGACCAACGAAAUUCAAGUUGCCAGGAAAUCUUGGAAAUAUGGGUAGUGGUGACAUUAAUGCAAAGGUACUAAGGGAAGAAGAAACUGUUUUCCUUUAGAGGGGAGAAGUGUGACGUCACGUUACCAUGGUAGUAAAGUUUCUGGAUCUCGACUGAAUCCUUCUUGGCAGAGACAGCCAAUUGUGUCUCCGAAUGAUGGAAGAAAAGUAUGGGCUACCGUUUUGCUCCUGAGUACAAUCAUGCUCAGGAAAGUCACAGAUUUCAACUUUUCGUUUUUUCUGCUAUAUUUGCGGGACCACUAUUUAUUGAGAUCCAGAAAUUUUGCUACUAUAGCAACGUGACGAAACAAAAUUCUCUCUAUUGUAAAAAAAUACUUGCCCCUUUGCCCCUUCUUUGAUAGGUUCUCUUUUGUGUUUAAUUUAUACGUCUUUAUACAUGCAGGUUCAUAUGUUGUUCAACAGCUGAAGACAUGAGAAUAAUUCUAAAUCAGACACAAAAAACGUUUUUAUCGAUCCAUGACCCCAGUUUACCAAAUUAACAAUCAGGUUUGUCAGUAAGGUGUAAUCGCAAUUGUUUUUUUCUUGUUGUGUUGCUGACGAUAAUUGUCCGGUGAUGAUGGUCGGCAACCAGAAGAUUAAACUAAAUGGAGUACAAACGUUGAGGUCGGUACAAUAGACCAUUUCUUGAUACGCAAAGAAUGUUAACCAUUGUACAUCUUCAUUUUGUCACAAUUGCAGAUGUCAGCUCUUACUUUCAAUCCUUAUAGCUGGAACAACAGCAGCAAGGCGAUUCAAUCGAAUGUUAUUGGCCUUGAGUUACAAAAUGGCAACACGAAGGUCAAUGUGUCAAACCUUGAUGAUGAUAUUGUGAUGGUCAUUCCAAUUAGCAGCCCAGCCGAGCAAAAAACCAAUACUAGUAGUCCGAGUAAACAUUCUUUUCUAAAGUUAGACAAAAUGUCAAUCCGUUCUUAUAAUGCACAACUAGCAGAUGUCCCUGUUUCAAUUAAGAUGGCUGUGAUAGAAGAGGGCUUAUUUACAGUUAACCUAUUUGUGAAGUUUGGAUCCAGACCGACAAUAAGUAGCUUUGACCACAACUUUACAGUUACUUUCAAGUCAAUGUGUGGAAACCAGACAAACAAGAACCAUAACCUCACAUCCUGCCUUCCUGACGAGUCCUCCAUAACAGUGGUACCACCAAACGAAGGUCCUCUUUUUGUCGGACUACUUCUUUUGAAUAAAAGCAGCGGUGAAAACUCUAGACAAAGGAGAUCAUGCUUCGGCCACGGUCGACAAAAGCGCUCCUGCGUUGGCGUCAAGGACCCACCACCAAAAGGAGUCACUCAAACAGUCAUUCCGCAGUACGAUUCAUCUACAGAUGUUAACUAUACAAUGACAAUCACCCAGUCAAGCUGCUUGUACUGGUCAGAAGAUGAAGACAAAUGGACAUCAGAUGGCUGCAAGGUAACAUAACUAAAUAUAAUAACAAAAGGUACAAUAGCCCACUCCCCCCAGGACUUUGUUAGUCUGCUUGUAUCGCAGUAUACAUUUAGAACGUCCAGUUAAUGUGGAUGUGAAUUGACUCAAUUCAAAGAAGAGACUCUAGAGCACUAGAGCAAAGGCAUCACUUUCUCGUCGGAUAUUUAUUGGUCUUGCCGGUAAUUGAACCAGGGGUCAAUUUAAUGAAACUUUUACAAGGGUAAUUUAUAAGUGUAGCCAUUGUUUUAGGGUCUCAAAACAAUAGCCACACUUGUAAAUUACACUUGUAGAAGUUUUAUUAAAUUGACCCUAGGCCGUAGCCCUCCAGAGUCUGACACUAAACAAAUUCAGGUAAUAAUCGUCGGUCAUCGCCAUGCUUAAGGUGGCUAGACCGGAUUUGUUUGGGGGAUACCUCUCUUUACCACGUCGGCAUUAACAAAGAUAUCAGGAAAACUAGGUUACCACAAAAAAGAAAAUGUCUGCAGCGUCACCUUUUCAUCAUUUAAAACGCAGAAAUUAAUAGCUAUGUAAUAGUUUAUUUGCAUUUAUGUUUCCUUUCUGCAAUACCUGUUCUUAUUCACCUUAUUUUCAUUGGUACGGAGACUCCUCAACAUGACCGGAAAGUGUUCGAGGGUCCUUUUGAAUGCAAAUUUUUUGCUUAAGUCAGGGAACGUGCAUAUGAAACUUCAACAUAAUGGCAGUGAAUAGUAAUACGGAUGCUCAAUGUAGACACAAAAUCUGGGGGAAAAACUUGUGACUUUUGAAGCCCCCAUUUUCGAGUUCCUCCGGGCCUCCGUAUCAAAACGAUCGAGGUUAGGUGCUCAGCCUUUGAUAUGGAAAUAGUUUUCAUUCUCAUAGAAAUAAAACUCAUUUCAACAAGAAAGGUUGUGCACUUGGCAUCAUUUUGAAAGUGAGGGUUUUUGCACUUGGACUUGGACUUGAACUUGGAAGUGGCCUAUUGCCUUCCUUGUUUUCAAUGUCUUUGGAAUCUGGAGGCGCUGUAAAUUAAAGAUUAGUCUCAGUCGGGAUUGUCGAGAUUUUUUUAAAAAAAUUACCAAGCGGUUUUUACACCCAACGAAGGCUAAUCAAGUUAUUUUUUCUCCCAAUUGGCCAAAGCAAUCCCUCUCUUUUUUCGUACACAGAAUCAAACCACUAUGAGAUGAAACUACAUUUCCAGACCUCAUCAUUUGCUUCAAAUAUAAGCCAGUUAUGUCGAUAGCAUGCACUGUUUUGUGACCCUUAAACUUUGUUUUAAAUAUUUUCAAAACGCUCUCCUAGAAUCUGUUCAAAAUUUGCCAUAAUCCAGGCAACUAAGGGAUGUACAAGCUCCCUUGAGCGAUUUCUGAAAAAAAUUCCUGGUAGCAAAAAAUACAAACGCAAGAAAAUAACGUAAUGGCGUCAUUACAUUGCUAUGGAAGGUCUGUUGGGGUCACAUGAAAGAGACUUGGCGCAACAUAAUGUACAUGUAACAGGACAUUCCCCCAUUGUAGAAAGGACACUUAAGUUUCAGCCUUUGCUUCUUUUACAGGUUGCACCUGAGUCAAACACAACUCACCUUGUGUGUCGUUGCAAUCACCUGACGUCCUUUGGUGGGAACUUCAUACAAGCCCCGAAUCCAAUAGACUUUGACAAAGUUUUCACUGAGUUUGCAAACCUUGCUGAGAGUGGCAACAUUUCAGUACUGGUGACCAUCGCUUGUGCCUUUCUUCUUUAUUUUGUUGUUCUCGUUUUUGCAAGGAGAGCAGAUAAAAGGGACGACGACAAGGUAAGCACAAACUGAAACAUCGUUACUUUGUACGAAAAACUUUCCCUUUACCUUCAGCCUAACAGGAUAUCUGCUCGUAAAUUCUUUAACUAGGCCUUGCCGAGUCAGGUACGUGGUGCACUACAUUUGAAGUGUUAAUGACAGAGUAACAGUAAGGAGUAUCAUGACCGCUUUAGUUGUUGGGGACCCAUGUUAGUCAUUGGGCGAGUUUGCGACAAGCCAAAAAGAUAGAGUGACUUUACUAGCAGAAUUAGGUCAUCGUUGUCUAGCAAUCACAGGCAAUAUAACUUAGUCUUAAAAGGCUUUUGUAAGUUCCUUUCCUUAAUUUGACAUUGAUCCGUCCUCAGUCUCGUUAUAUUGACCCGUAAAACCUGCGGAAGAGUCUAAGACUGAAUUCAUAUCGGUAUUAGAAGUUAAUUUGAGGCUUUACAUAAAUCGAACCUUUUAUGGCUUUUUGUCUUGCUGAUGGAUUGUGUUACGUUUUGGUUUGCCACAGAUCUGUCCUCCUAAACAUGUCACUAUAUAUGAAGAAGGAACGUAUUAUUACGACAUGGCUAUUAGCACAGGUGUUUGGAAAAACUCAGGGACAACAGCAAACGUUGAAAUAAGCAUUAAAAGCGAAAUAAACGAACAUAGCCACGUUCCACUGCGAAGUAAAGGCGACUGGUGCGAAAUAUUUUCCCGGGGAAGUAUAAAUGGAUUUGUUCUUAUCACUAAAGAAUCAUUGGGAAAAUUAACGGAAAUAACGUUAGAGCAUGAUAAUACGGGAGACAAUCCAUCUUGGUUUGUAGAAGCAGUAACAAUCAGAGACAGGCAGACAGAGGAAACUUGGAGUUUUCCUGUAAAUAGAUGGCUUGCAGUGGAGAAAGAUGACGGUCUUAUAGAAGUUACUGUAAACAACAGAAGCUUUGUUCCUUUCUCAAGUCUGGUUACCUCACGUUUUGGAAGAAAAAUCGCAGACAGUCACUUGUGGAUGUCCGUGUUUGGUAAAGCCUGUAGCAACACUUUCACACGUGUACAGAGAGCUUCAUGCUGCCUGUCUGUUCUCUUCAGCGCAAUGAUUGCCAAUGCAAUGUUUUAUAACAUUGGUGGAGAAUCAGAGGAAGCCAUCCAGGUUGGACCGUUUAAGUUCUCCUUGAGACAGAUCAUUGUUGGAGUACAAAGCGGGCUAAUAGUUGCACCUGUCAACAUCUUAAUUGUUUUCCUAUUCAAGAGCAGCAAACCGAGAGGUAAAAAGGGGGAUAAAUAUAAAGAAAUUGACCACGCUCAACAACUGGUUAACAAAGUUAGCGAAACUGGCUGUAUGUUACCCCACUUCUGUGUGUACUUUGCAUGGUUUCUCUGCUUUACCACGACUCUGGCAGCUGCCGCGUUCACGUUAUUUUACAGCUUAAUGUGGGGGAAAGAAGUUGCCGAACAAUGGCUGUCUUCCAUUUUGAUUUCAAAUGGUCAAGACAUUUUUGUUGUACAGCCAACCAAGGUUAUGCUGGCGGUAGUGGUUGUUUCGCUUCUCCUAACUAGAAAGAAAGACCAAGAUUAUGAAUGCGAAGAAACAAGUUCGGGAAGUGACACUGAAUCUCUGAUUGACGAUCCUAAAGAGCGAUUCAAGCGAUCUAGAUUAGACGCCAUUCGGAAGCGAACUAAAAAAGAAGUCCAAUUAGCAGGCAUAACGAAGGGAAUUGUCAUCCAUUUAACUUUUGUGUUUUUCUUGGCUGUAGUUUGCUAUGGUAAUAAGAACAGUUACCGCUUUAUGAUGUCCACGACACUGAUGAAUCCAUUUGGGAAGUUUGAAUGGGUAGGAAUUUGUUACACAGUUUGAAAUACUUCGUAUGAGCACUCAAGCUCGCCAUUAAUUGAACUUCUAGCUAUAUUCACGCUGACGUCACCUAUCGAUACUAAUGUGCCAACCAGAAUUGAAGCGUUUUGGUUCAUGAAACAAGAGAGUCUCUUGUUUCACUCGUUAAACAUUUAAAUAACAAGAACAGUGUUUGUCGAACAGUGAUGUCUCCAAGAAACUGUCCUUUACCUAAAGAAAAAGUAUUCUCAGUGGGAUAAAAGAGUCUAAUUUAUUAAAUAUUUCUGAUUUUCCUCAUCCCUUUUUAGACAUCUGAAAUUAUAUUGCGGGAGGAUAGGAUCUAGAAACGUCGCGACUUAAAUUCAGUUUGCUUUCUUGCUGACUGCGGGCGAACUUAUUUUAAUUACGACAUGGACAGCCUUGAAAAAUUUAAAGGACACUUCGUUUUUAAUAAAGCAAAAUAUAUUUCAAUUAUGCAGGUUACUGACGAGAACAAAUUACGUGUUUGGUUAGAAAAGGAGUUCCUUCCAAAUAUAUACAGUCAGCCGUGGUACAACGGAGUCAAGGAAAAAGAGGACGUGUACAUUGAGAAUAAAGCGUCCCUGCUGAUUGGCAUGCCAUGGAUGCGACAACUUCGGAUACAAAAGGGUAAUUAUUUUUUCUCUUUUUUCCCUUUCUUUCACGGAUUAUACUUAAACAUCAUUCUUAACAACCUGUUUUCCCCAAGCAUUAAAUGACUAGGUGUUACAUUUGUAUGUGGAUUCAACUGACGAUAGGUUAGGUCAGAUCUCGAAGUAGUAAUCCUGGGCUCAAUUCCGGGCAUUAUCAACAGUUCUUCAGCACAGUUCUUGCCUAUCCCCACCAGGCAUUUCAGUGUUCCGUAAGACUAAUAAAGUAUUCACAAUGGCUGAAAGCAAAAACCUUGUGACGUAAUUUGUUUAACUUUAAGGUUCCUGCGAGUCCCUUCCUCAGUUUAUUUCAGACUGCUACUACGACUACUCCAGCGAAAGAGAGGAUACCACACCUCUGAGUCUUCCAGCCUGGAAACCACUUCCCUACAAUACGUCGUGGCCUAAGGCUCUAACAUUGUGUCCAAAACCUUGGCGUUAUCAAACAGGCGAAGAACUGGACAACGGUCCAAUCAAAGCCAUGUAUAGCACUUACGAAGGAGGUGGCUAUGUUGCUGUCAUGGGAUAUGACGAAGAAACUGCCCAAGGUGUCCUUGGCGAAACCUUUGGGCAUGGAUGGGUUGAUCGCCAAACGCGAGCGGUGAUCUUGGAGUUUGCAGUAUUUAACAUUAACACUAAUCUUCUAAGCGUCGCCACGUACUUUUAUGAAGUUAUCGCCACUGGUGCUGCUUACACUAAUAGAAGGGUUGACACGCUGGAGUUGUACACAACGGAUUCAGGAUCCGUCAUGUUCUACCUCAUUUGCCAGUUUCUUUUCAUGGCCAUGGUACUUUAUUACCUGAUCAUAAUGCUUUUUCACCUUUACAAACAACGGCUAGGAUUUUUAAAGUCAGUUUGGAAUAUGGUGGAUUUCUUAAUGAUCAUAUCCUCUGUAACGUCAGUAGCAUUUUAUAUGAUCAAAGCGAAGGCUAUUCUGCAGAGCAUAAAAGCCAUCCAAGAUAAUCCAUAUGACAUUAUACACUUUCAUGUGGCAUUAGACUGGGCUAACUGGGAAAAUGCCGCAGUGGCCCUUGCCAUUUUCAUGGUGACAGUUAAGCUAUUGAAUUUGAUUCGUUUUAACCCAUAUGUAAUUUACUUGUUUUCAUCUUUCCGUCAAUCUGUAAGCUACCAACUGUCGUACGUGCUUUUCUUCUUGAUCGUCUUUAACGCGUUUGUUGCAUCAGGGAAGCAGUUUUUUGGCCGUACAAUCUACGCAUACUCAAGCUAUCUCUAA